UUACGAAGAAUCAAAAGAUACUGAUUUUGAAGAAUCAUAGUCGUAAAAAUCAAAUACAAUUAUUUUAAUAGUUCAUUUGUGUAUACCAAUACUAAUUCGAAUUUAUGAAUUUUCUGUAAUUCAGCAUGUAAUUAGCGUUUUUUGUCCAUCAUAAUUAAUGAAUAAUCGAGGUCAGAGAGGGAUUUUUCCAGCAAAACCCAAUGGCGAAACAAAUCCAUCAUCAGUAACAACAGUUGGACGAUAUCAUAAAGAUACAGCUAUGAAGAUCAUCAGGACCACCUUGGUUGUUGUUCUUUGCUUGGUGUUUCUCAAAAAUGUAGAGGCAUUCGUUGACAGUGGACUAAAGGUGUUGAGUAACUCAAAAAAAAUGUCAAUGGACGGUGGAGAUUUAAUUGGGAGUAUAAUAGAGUUUAUUAUGGACAUGAUGGAAAUGGCUUCUGGCCUUAUAGACAUGGCAAUGGCGAUGGGAAGAAAGAAAAGGUCUACCCUAGAAGAUAUACUGAUGCCAGCCGAUUUACGACAAAAAGUCGUUCCUUGAAUGAAAUGUAUUUAAAAUAAAUUUUAUUGGAAAAUUCA